AUGGUUCUUAUCAAGAGCCUCAUCCUCGCUGGCCUGGUCACAUUAUCCGCUGCCGCAGACUCCUCUGCCGUUAUUGACCUGGUCCCUAGCAAUUUCGAUGAGAUUGUCUUCAGUGGAAAGCCUGCACUGGUCGAGUUCUUCGCUCCCUGGUGUGGUCACUGCAAGAAACUUGCCCCAGUCUACGAGCAACUCGCCUCCGAUUUCCUCUCUGUAAAAGACAAGGUCAUCAUUGCGAAGGUCGAUGCCGAUGCAGAGAAGUCAUUGGGAAAGCGAUUCGGUGUUCAGGGGUUUCCAACAAUCAAGUUCUUCAACGGAAAGGAUGAGACGCCGGAGGAAUACGAAGGUGCCCGGGAUUUGGAGAGCUUGACCGACUUUAUUGUGAAGAAGACGAAUGUCAAGCCUCGGAAGGCGAAGGGAGUUCCCAGCUCUGUGGAGUUGCUGACCGACGACACCUUCAAGGAGCUGGUUGGAUCCGAGAAAGAUGUCUUGGUUGCAUUCACUGCGCCAUGGUGCGGACACUGUAAAAAUCUUGCCCCAAUCUGGGAAAAGGUAGCCUCUGACUUCAGCGCUGAGGAGGGUGUUGUUAUCGCCAAGGUCGACGCCGAAGCCGCAAGCUCGAAGGCUACUGCGAAGGAUCAAGGUGUCUCUUCAUACCCAACCAUCAAGUUCUUCCCUAAGGGAUCUACGACUCCAGAGCCAUACGAGGGUGGCCGUUCCGAGGCAGACUUCGUUGCGUUUAUGAACAAGAAGGCCGGAACACACAGAGUGUCGGGCGGUGGACUUGAUGCUACUGCGGGUACCAUUGAGGCCUUGGAUACGAUUGUAGCCAAGUUCACUGGUGGCUCUAGCAUUGCCGAGGUCGCUAGUGAGGCUACGAAGGCUGCCGCUGACCUGAAAUCUCAAGCCCAAUACAAGUACGCAGAGUACUAUGUUAAGGUCUUCGACAAGUUGGCAAAGAGCGACACAUAUGCUUCCAAGGAAUUGGCUCGAUUGGAUGGUAUCAUCAAGAAGGGGGGUCUUGCACCAGCGAAGCUUGAUGAGUUUACCAGCAAGACCAACAUCCUUCGCAGAUUUAUUGCUGAGAAGCUUCCGGGCAAGUCUGAGUUGUAG